UAAAAAUAGUAGCGUUUGGCGAGGGAAGUGCCACCGUGUCCAAAGUGAACAUACGUUACUUGAGUCUGUAGACGUCUUGUUUACAGUGGUUGUACCAGGCCUGCGAGGUCCUGUGGCAAGCAACGUGUUACUGUUUUAUUGCUUACACUUUUCUUUCGUUACAAGGGUCAUUAUAUGAAACCUCCAAUCUGGAUCGAGGCGGUAACAACAGGAAGAAGAAGAUAGAGGAAUUCUCUAGGUCUUCUCGGGAGAAACUAGUCCAGUCGAAGAACAAAAUGUUCUCCAAAUUUACGUCCAUUCUCCAGCACGCCGUGGAAGCGCUUGCCCCGUCGCUGCCCUUGCAGGAGGAUUUUGUCUAUCACUGGAAGGCCAUUACACAUUAUUACAUUGAGACUUCUGAUGACAAAGCUCCAGUUACAGAUACAAACAUCCCAUCCCACUUGGAACAGAUGCUGGACAUCCUGACCCAGGAGGAAGGGGAGAGGGAGUCUGGAGAGACAGGACCCUGCAUGGAGUAUCUCCUACACCAUAAGAUCCUUGAGACCCUCUACACCUUGGGCAAAGCAGAUUGUCCUCCAGGAAUGAAGCAGCAGGUGCUUACCUUUUACACAAAACUGCUAGCACACAUUCGUCAGCCUCUCCUACCACACAUCAAUGUCCACAGACCUGUACAGAAACUGAUCCGUCUGUGUGGAGAGGUGCUGGCUGCUCCUACAGAAAAUGAGGAGAUUCAGUUCCUGUGUAUAGUCUGUGCUAAACUGAAGCAGGACCCAUACCUUGUCAAUUUCUUCCUUGAGAACAAGUCAAAGAGACCUGAGACAAGAAGUCCUGAAAGGACAGAGGCAGUAAAGGAAAGUGUGUUGGCUCCGGACACUGGUCAGUCUCUGACAGAAGAGCAGGCUGACCGUCCAGAGGAGCCACAGGCCGCAGCUACGGCCUCCACUUCUAGUCCAACCAAUAACAAUAAUAAGAGCAACAAUUACAAUCUGGUCACCUCCUUACUCAACCUCACAAAGAGCCCUGAUGGCAGGAUAGUUGUGAAGGCCUGUGAGGGCCUGAUGUUGCUGGUCAGUUUACCAGAGCCUGCAGCUGCCAAGUGUUUAACUGAAAACACUGAGCUCUGUGAGCUUCUGACUGACAGGCUCGUCUCCUUCUAUAAAGCCCUUCCACAGUCCAUGGAUCCUUUGGACAUUGAGACAGUGGAGUCUGUCAACUGGGGUCUGGAUGUAUAUAACCUGAAGGAGGAUGCUGCUGUCUUCACAGGGAAGAGGGCUCUUAUCUCCUUCCUGUCCUGGCUAGAUUACUGUGACCAGCUCAUCAAGGAGGCUCAGAAGUCAGCAGCUGCAGUGAUGGCAAAAGCAGUGAGAGAACGAUUCUUUGUGUCUGUUAUGGAACCACAACUGAUGCAGACGUCUGAGGUAGGGAUCCUGACCUCCACAGCCCUGCUGAACAGGAUCAUCAGGCAGGUGACUUCAGAGGCUCUGCUGCGGGAGAUGGUUUACUUCCUGCUGGGGGAGGAGAGAGAUCCUGAGACUUCAGCUACUAUUGCCCAGAAUCCACUAAGACACAGACUCAUUGAGCACUGCGACCACCUGUCAGACGAGAUCAGCAUCAUGACACUGCGGCUAUUUGAGCAGCUCAUCCAGAAGCCCAACCAGCACAUCCUACACAGCCUGGUGCUGCGCAGCCUGGAAGAGAGAAACUACUUGGAGAACAAACCGCAGGAGGAGCGUGAGCCCCUGGAGAAUGGGCAGCCCCAUGAUGCUGUAGACCUCGAAGAGGAUCCACUGUUUGGUGAUGAUGUCUCUCCAGACAGCAGGCUGUCUGGUUCUGAUUGGCUGAGCUCCUCUCCACCACAGAGUCCUGACCACUCAAAGUCUGAUGGGAAGACAGAGGUCCACAAGAUUGUCAACAGUUUCCUGUGUUUGGUGCCUGACGAGGCAAAGUCGUCAUAUCAUGUUGAAGGCACAGGCUAUGACACCUACCUCAGAGAUGCGCACAGGCAGUUCAGGGACUACUGUGGGGUCUGCCAGCGGUGGGACUGGAGGGGAAAUCCAAAACCUUUUGAGAAGUGUAACUUGGACAUCCCAUUCUUUGAGGGCCACUUCCUCAAAGUGCUCUUCGAUAGGAUGGGUCGAAUCCUGGAUCAGCCCUAUGAUGUCAAUCUGCAGGUGACCGCCGUGCUGUCCAAGCUGUCUUUGUUACCACACCCCCACUUGCAUGAAUACCUACUGGACCCUUAUAUCAACCUGGGCCCCGGCUGCAGGUCCCUGUUCUCUGUCAUCGUCAGGGUGGUGGGAGAUCUCAUGUUGAGGAUUCAGCGCAUCCCAGACUUCACUCCCAAACUGCUGCUUGUGAGGAAGAGAUUAUUAGGUCUAGAGCCAGAGGGCAUCACUAUUGACCACAUGACCCUGUUGGAGGGGGUGAUCGUGCUGGAGGAGUUCUGCAAAGAGCUGGCAGCCAUCGCCUUUGUCAAAUACCACGCAGCUUCCUCCUCCUCGCCGUAAUCUUCCUGCUGUUCAUCCAUCUGCUUCGGCCAGGCCAGCAGGUCAAGGUUAAACUGGGCCUUUGGGGUGUGCUGGUAGCGGUGGCACAGGGUUGGCAAAACAUUACCACUAACCGCUCAUCCCUACAAGACUGUUAAAAGCCCACGCUGAUGGGUUUCACUGCUCGCCCUCUUCUGACCUCUCGGGCUCCACCAUUAAAAGCCUGAAAGGUCUUGUUUUUGAGCAAGUCAGAGCACAGACACUGCCUGGCCAGCAGAAGAAUAAGAGGAGGAUAGAGGUCAAGGUGCAUAGAUGCCCCCCAACCCCCACCAUCUUUCUUCCUCACGGGCCAAAAGUUGAUAACCCUGUAAUUAUUACAUCAAGGAGAAAAUGUGGUUGUGUAUUUAUUUCCUCCCCCAUAAUCACCCAUUUGUAAUCGUCAUUGCCUUAGUGUGGAACCACACCUUUCAGUUACAGAAGAUUGUUUCCUUUUGAAACAUUUUUAUCUCCACUUCCAUGUGUUGUCUGUUUGAAGACAAGAGGCUGUAGAGAAAAAUGCCCACUACCUUCAACCCCAGUAUGUACCUGUAGUUACAUAUAUAUUGAACUGCAGUAUUUACAAUACUGCACUCAUAUUUUACAUGCCAAGUUAUCUUAUUUAUUUGCUUUCAGGUUGCCUUUUUAACUGAUGUUAAAAUGAAUUUAAAACAGUCAAUAAGGACUAAGCAGAUGCUAUUUACUUUGUUUUCCUUGUCUUUGCUCAGUUUGUCUUUAAGUGCUCUCAAAGAUCAUCUGUAAUCACCCAAAGAUUUCACCAUCCAUCAUGUUUAGACACAUGAACAUUUUGCAGAUUGUGAAUUUGCACACAGCUCUCAUUGCGUUGCACUCGUUACAUUGUUUAAGUUCGUUGCUGCUUUGUUUGGCUGGCUUUUCGGAAAUGUCAGUUUGGUGUUUGUUGGAAGAGACAUCUUGCUUUUGAUUAGUUCUGAAAUGUUCUCCAGACCCCGUGUUGCAUUUCUCACACACCAGUGUUUAUUUUAUCCAGCGGAUGCUGUUAUUGUUUUUACACCUUGUCAGAUUGUUUCCUUUUAUUGAUUGGGAAGGAUGCAGAGGAGCCAAACUCAUGCUUUUAUUGACCAGUGUCUUACAAACUUAGUCUUACUAACUUAGGACAUGUUGUUGCUCAGAAUGGUUCCCGAUCUUUAUUUCCUUUUGAUCUACCAUGUUUCAAGUUGUUAGUUGUUCAAACAAUAUGCGAGUUCUGUGUUCAAAGUGAUCAAGUCUGACAAUGAAACCUUUUUGUGUAGGAAAAAUACAUCAUCCUCGCGAGCCCUUAAAUUUGUCUGGCUCACAGUAUCCUAAGACCUCUGAGUUUCUGCACAGCUUAUCAUGACUUCAGAUGAGGUGUUGUGCUUACUUGCAGUAUUACCUUUACAUCCUGAUCUUGAAUGACGAAGACACGUUCUCACGGUGCUGUGCAUUGUUAGGAUGUGCUGCUUUGUUGUCUGCUGGAAAUCUCAGGAGGGUGAAGAUUGAGAUUUGAAUCUGUCCAAAUCGAGAUGCUACUUAAUGUAACUUUGGGUCUUGUUGUGUUCGGUGUGAAUGUUUCCAUGAUUGGUAAGCGUGUUUGCUCAUGAGUCUGUGUAUGAGUGUCAAGAUGUAUUAUUGUGAUGGAGAAUAGACAGAGUCAUUCACCCCCCCCCCC